AUGGCAUUAUGGGCGUAUCGGACGGCACCUAGGAGUUCUACCGGCGUUUCCCCUUACUUACUCGUCUACGGUGCGGACGCGAUUCUCCCGGCAGAGAUUAAAAUUCCGUCAUCCAGGAUUUCAGCAGCAAGUGGGGUCCACUGGAAUGAAGCCGAAGCAUUGAGCUCCAGGAUUGCCGAGUUGGACACCCUAGACUCUAGGAUAUAUAAAGCAGAGGAACGUACUCAAACAUACAGAAGCAGGAUAUCCAGAGCGUAUGAAAAAGUUGUAAAACCACGAGUUUUCAGAGUGGGAGAUUUAGUUUUGAAGACUGUCAAGUACAUUCAGCAAGACAUGUCUGCAUCAAAAUUCUCUCCAAAAUGGGAAGGUCCCUACGUGAUCACCAAGGCUUACAACACUGGCUACUAUAAGAUUAUUAAAGAGGAUAGAGUUGAAAUUAUUAAUCCGAAAACAGGGAUGGUUUCCAAGGUCAAUGGCCAUCGUUUGAAACCAUACUAUGAGCAGUUUGUGACGGAGAAUCAGGAUAUGGUCACAUUGAGUGAUCCACUCCCUCUGGAGGAGUAA